CUAGGGUUGAGUGCGUGUGUGCGACUCUGCACGUAGCAGUUUCCGAGGAUAGAACCUGCCGCCAGAUGGCGAGCCGAGGACCGAUGACACGCUGAGGAUAAGAGCGACUGGAGGUUGGGGCUGUCAUAAACGGUACCAAAGCAACGAGCAGGGACACCUUUGGAGAGCUUGCGAGCGGCUGCCGGGAAUAUAUUUUGGCCACCGGAGUGUUUUUGUGCCACCGUUCCAAGACAAGUCUCUCUUAUCAUUUCGUAUGUCCAGGAUGGAGGGACAGUGUUGGUGGUAUUUACUGGUGUUGAGCUGCCUGUUCCAGACUCUUUCAGCCCACAGUGACUUUUACACAUCCAUCGGUCACAUGACAGAUCUGUUGUACACAGAGAAAGACUUAGUCACUUCACUGAAGAAUUAUAUCACGGCAGAGGAGAACAAGCUGAAGCAGGUUAAACAGUGGGCAGAGAAGCUGGAUGUGUUAUCAGCCAUAGCCAUGCAGGACCCCGAGGGCUUCCUGGGAAACCCGGUCAACGCCUUCAAACUGAUGAAGAGGCUGAACACAGAAUGGGGAGACCUGGAGAGCCUGGUGCUGAAGGACACCAAGGACGGCUUCAUCUCUAACCUGACCCUCCAGAGGCAACACUUCCCUACCGAUGAGGACCAGACAGGCGCAGCCAAGGCACUGCUCAGACUGCAGGACACCUACAGACUGGACACCAUCACCAUCUCUACAGGAGACCUGCCAGGAGUGACGCACAAGAGCCCCAUGACAGUGGAGGACUGCUUUGAGCUGGGGAAAAUUGCCUACAGCGAGGUGGACUACUACCACACUGAGCUAUGGACGGAACAGGCCCUAAAGCAGCUGGACGAAGGAGAGGAGUCUACCGUGGACAAGGUCACCGUGUUGGACUACCUCAGCUAUGCUAUUUACCAGCAGGGGGAUCUAGGCAGGGCCCUGGAGCUCACCAAGAGGCUACUCAUGCUGGACCCGGAACACCAGCGUGCCAACGGCAACCUGAAGUACUUUGAGUUUCAACUGAUAAAUCAGAGGAAGGCCCAGGCCCAGGAGGCCCAGAAGGCCCGGGAGGAGGGCAAGGAGCGAAGGAAGAGACUGACGAGUGAUGCCUCCAAGAAGAAGAAGCGCUUCAGGGAGCCUGUCCCAGAGAGGAAGAUGUAUGAGAUGCUGUGUCGAGGGGAGGGCAUCAAGCUGACCCCCCGCAGACAGAGACGGCUUUUCUGCCGUUACUUUGACAACCACGGUCACCCCAAGUACCUCCUGAGCCCGGUGAAGCAGGAGGAUGAGUGGGACCGGCCCUACAUAGUCCGCUACCAUGACAUCAUCUCUCACGGCGAGAUUGAGAAGGUCAAAGAGCUGGCCAAGCCCAGACUCCGCCGGGCCACCAUCUCCAACCCCAUCACUGGUGUGCUCGAGACUGCCCCCUACAGGAUCAGCAAGAGUGCUUGGCUGACAGCGUAUGAACACCCAAUGAUUGACCAGAUAAACCAGCGGAUUGAGGACCUCACAGGACUGGAGAUGGACACUGCGGAAGAGUUGCAGGUUGCAAACUAUGGUGUGGGUGGGCAGUAUGAGCCCCACUUUGACUUUGGACGGAAAGAUGAGCCUGAUGCCUUCAAAGAGCUGGGAACUGGAAACCGCAUAGCCACCUGGCUUUUCUAUAUGAGUGACGUGGCAGCAGGAGGUGCUACAGUAUUCCCAGAUGUGGGUGCUGCAGUAUGGCCCAAAAAGGGGACUGCCGUGUUCUGGUACAACCUGUUUCCCAGUGGGGAGGGAGACUACAGUACAAGGCACGCAGCCUGCCCAGUAUUGGUGGGCAACAAGUGGGUAUCAAACAAAUGGAUCCAUGAAAGAGGGCAGGAGUUCCGGCGACCCUGUGGCCUGAAUGAGACUGCAUGAUGAGGGAAGGCUUUUCCCUUCCAUGCCCUCUUCCUCUACCCCUCUCCUCCUCUAUCCUUCUCUUCCUCUACCCCUCUUCAACCCCAGGGUCUGAGAGCACUGCUGUGGAUGACAGGCCGUGAAAAGUGGGCCAUUGGCAUCCCUCCUUCUCCUCCUCUUCCUCCCUCCUUCACGUCAUCCGUUCCUUACCCCCGCUCUGUACCUCUGAGCCCAGGAUGUUUUGGGGCUUUCAGCUUGGACAGUAUUAGUGGUGUUCUGACUGACAUGGUGCUCUCAUGGCUCUUUGAUAUGUCUCAAAUGAAUACGUGUGUUCACCCUUAUGUCUUUGUUUGCACUUUUUACGGGCUCUGUACACAGCAAAAAAUUGUCAUUUCAGAGCACAGGUUCUGCAUCUUGCUCUGUUCUAAUGUAAAUAAUAUCUCCUCUCUAAGUGCAUGUCCAUAGUAUUCCAUGGACUGUUUUCUCAAUUCAGGUCAAGUGUUUACUCCAUCUCUUAUUUCAACACUGAUGUCACUCCAGUUUAUACUAACAUAUCUCUCUCAAAAACACACACCACACACACAGACAUACACUCCCACGUACAGCACAGACAAUCUUAUCUGACGUUUAACUGUUUAUAGCUGGGGUAUCAUUUGUUUUUUAAGAUCUGGUUUGGUAUUUAACUGACUUUGGAUUUGAAUACUCACUCACGUUUUUAACAGAACAUUUGAUUCUUUGGCCAUACAGAUGAGUUGCGCUUCCCCAUUUGUGUGAUGGAAAAGAGGGAGGGAGAAACAUUGGACAUGGUGUCUUUAAAAUCUUGGAAAAUUCACUCAGAUUCAUGCAACCUUAAAGUGUAUAGAUGUGGGCCCAUCCAUAAAAAGUAGUGGUGUUUUUUUAGAAGGCAAGACAAAGAAUUUCUGGUGUUUUCCCCACUGAAAAGUAUUUUGAGGCCUGUUUCUUUAUGUAAUACUAUCUGGGGGCCUCAAGGAAGAAACAUGAUAUUUAUAUCUGACAAGAUUCACCCAUUGUGUGGUUUGUACAUCCUUUCAAAUAUGCAGGAAUAUUUUUGGAAGUGUGAAAUUAAUAUUUUCUAUAGAAAUAAAGUCUAAAUGUCAUUGCUACC